GGAAUAUUAAAUUUCGUAUUCAAUACGGAAUAUAAAGUUCCGUAUUAUAUUACUAUGUAAUCGACAGGGGUUUUUUCAAAACCCAUUUCAGCGCUCCAAACCAUUCCCAACCCUUGCUCUGCAAUCUUCGAGACCGACGCUCUCCUUGCUUCAAUCAUCAUCUGGACAGGGUACCAUCGUCUCCAUCAUCAACCCCAUUCUCCCCAUUCAUUGCAUUGAACCUAGAGGUAAGUAAGUUUGGAUUUCAACUUGAAUUCACCAUUUAACUUGAAAUUAUGGAAUCUUUCAACCCUAGGAUAGUCGAUUUAUGCUUAAGUAGAUGUUAGGUUGGCUGAAAUUGUAUAAAUUGGUCUUUGGGGCGAGUUCCAAUCAUGCAAUGUCGUUAAUGGAGUUCUGGUUCGAUACGGAACAUAAUAUUCCGUAUUCAAUAUGAAACUUAAUGUUCCGUAUUGGAUAUGAAACUUAAUGUUCCGUAUUGGAUAUGAAACUUAAUGUUCCGUAUUUGGUGUCUGUUUAGAGUUAUAAACUUAAUUUAUAAAAUGUUUUUAUAAAACUUAAUAUAAUUAGCUUAGUUUAUUUAUAAAACCUAAUCUAAUUAGCUUAGUUAAUUUAUAAAAUGUUUUUAAUUUAGUUAUAAACAUCGUGAAUUAUUUAGUGAUUUUAUUUAGAGAUUUAAUUGAGAAAUUUAGUAAUUGAGCGAGUAUAAUUUAUUCAGUGAAUUUAUUUAGAAAAUGUUUGCUCUGAAUAUAUAGUGAGAAUGAAGAACAGAAAGAGGUCUCGAGCUAGUGAGGAUGCGGGGCCUACAGAGGAUAGACACCGGCGAUUACAUGCUUCUAGCCGGCGCGGCGAUCAUGCUGCGACCUCUCACGCGGUUGAGGCUUCAGCUCCAGCUCCAGUUGAUUCUAUGCAGUCGCCCAUGGUAGAGGCUUCAGCUCCAGCUCCAGUUGAGCCUACUGAUCCAGUUCCUACUCCGCCGUCUCCCAUGGUUGAGGUACCUCGCCAUGAGUCACCAGGCGAGGAGUCAUCAGGCGAGUCGUCAUCCGGCGAUGAGUCAUCCGGCGAUGAGUCAUCCGACGAGGAGUCAUCCGGCGAGGAGGGGUCAUAUGACGAGGAUAGUAUUCCUCCUCCUGAUGUUGAUGCUGAUGUCGUGCCAGAGGCACAGGGUGGCGAGGAGGACCUGAUCCAGAGGUUGCCGCCGUUUCCGGGGGGGCCUGUUGAUCUGUCGCUUCUCACGCAUUAUGCUGAUCACAAGGCUCCCUGGACGUGGCAUGCACUCCUACGCACAGACGAGCGGUAUGUGGACCGUCGACACUUGAGGGUGGCCACAGCUGGGGGGAAGGUUUGGAACCUUGCUUGUGAUGGUGAUUCAGACAGUCACAGGAGGGUUCGAGAGUUGAUUGAGCAGACGGGUCUUCAUCAGCUACCCUGGUGCAGCUACUCGGAGACAGAUGCAGGCCUCAUUUUGGCCCUUGUGGAGCGAUGGCAUGAGGAGACUAGUAGCUUCCACAUGCCGUUUGGGGAGAUGACCAUCACCCUGGACGACGUGUCGGCUCUUCUCCAUCUCCCAAUGGGGUCGAGGUUCUAUACGCCUGGGAGGGGGGAGAGGGACGAGUGUGCAGCGCUAUGUGCUGAGUUGAUGGGAGGAUCUGUUGCUCGUUAUCAUGCUGAGUUUGAUAAGAACAGGAGCCAGACUAUUCGCUUUGGGGUCUUGCAGACCCUGUAUGAUGCUGCGUUGGAGGAGCACCGAUAUGAGGACGCUGCACGGAUUUGGCUGGUGAACCAGCUAGGCGCGACGCUCUUUGCUAGCAAGAGCGGUGGAUACCACACGACCGUCUACUGGAUAGGUAUGUUGCAGGAUCUCGGUCGAGUGUCCGAGUACGCGUGGGGCACUCUUAUAAUGAAAAAUAACCUGUAUAACUACACCGUGAAUAAUGAAAGGCAAGAUAAGUAA